AUGGCGGCCUGCAGGCGCUGUUGCGGGUGCGUCCGGCUCGGGCCGCCGGGCUGGGGUCCCCUCGGCCUCCCCGGGCGGCCUCGGGCGCUCACCCCGCUGCAAGCGCGAGCGCGAUGGGGUGGCUCGGGGCCCCGAGCUGUGGCCGUGGACUUAGGCAGCAGAAAAUUAGAGCUAUCCUCUGGAAAACUGGCCAGAUUUGCAGAUGGCUCUGCCGUAGUGCAGUCAGGUGACACGGCGGUGAUGGUCACAGCAGUGAGUAAGGUGAAGCCCUCGCCCUCCCAGUUCAUGCCCUUGGUGGUUGACUAUAAACAGAAAGCUGCUGCAGCUGGUAGAAUUCCCACAAACUAUCUUAGAAGAGAAAUUGGUUCUUCUGAUAAAGAGAUUCUUACAAGUCGAAUAAUAGAUCGUUCGAUUAGGCCUCUCUUUCCAGCUGGCUACUUUUAUGAUACCCAGGUCCUUUGUAAUCUGUUAGCCGUGGAUGGUAUUAAUGAACCUGAUGUCCUAGCAAUCAAUGGCGCGUCGGUAGCCCUCUCCUUAUCAGAUAUUCCUUGGAAUGGACCUAUUGGGGCUGUGCGAGUGGGAAUAAUCGAUGGAGAAUGUGUUGUCAACCCUACACGGAAAGAAAUGUCUUCCAGUGCUCUAAACUUAGUGGUUGCCGGGGCGCCCAGAAGUCAGAUUGUCAUGCUGGAAGCCUCUGCGGAGAACGUCUUGCAGCAGGACUUUUGCCAUGCCGUCAAAGUGGGCUUAAAGCACACGCAGCAGAUCAUCCAGGGCAUACAGCAGUUGGUCAAGGAAGCCGGUGUCACCAAGAGGACACCUCAGAAGCUAUUUACUCCGACACCAGAGAUUGUGAAGCACAUUCAAAAACUUGCCACGGAAAGACUUUAUGCUGUUUUUACAGAUUAUGAACAUGAUAAAAUUUCCAGGGAUGAAGCUGUGAACAAGAUAAGGUUAGAGACUGAGGAACAACUAAAAGAAAAAUUCCCAGAGGCUGAUGCAUAUGACAUCAUAGAGUCCUUCAAUGUGGUUUCAAAGGAGGUCUUCAGGAAUAUUAUUUUGAACGAAUACAAAAGGUGUGAUGGUCGUGAUUUGACUACACUGAGGAAUAUAAGUUGUGAGGUAGAUGUGUUUAAAACUCUUCAUGGAUCAGCAUUAUUUCAGAGGGGCCAAACACAGGUGCUGUGUACUGUUGCGUUUGAUUCACUGGAAUCCAGUCUUAAAUCUGACAGAAUUAUAACAGCCAUAAACGGAAUAAAAGAUAAAAAUUUCAUGCUGCACUAUGAGUUUCCUCCUUAUGCAACGAAUGAGACUGGCAAAGUGACUGGUGUGAAUAGGAGAGAGCUCGGGCACGGUGCCCUGGCGGAGAAAGCGCUGUAUCCUGUCAUCCCCAAGGAUUUCCCGUUCACGGUCAGAGUCACCUCGGAAGUCCUCGAGUCAAAUGGAUCAUCCUCUAUGGCGUCCGCAUGUGGUGGAAGUUUGGCACUGAUGGAUGCAGGGGUUCCAAUUUCAUCUGCUGUUGCGGGUGUAGCGGUGGGAUUGGUCACCAAAACCAAUGCUGAGACGAGUGAAAUAGAAGAUUACCGCCUGCUGACAGAUAUUCUGGGCAUCGAAGAUUACAAUGGCGACAUGGAUUUCAAAAUAGCUGGCACUAACAAGGGAAUAACUGCACUGCAAGCUGAUAUUAAAUUACCUGGAAUACCAAUAAAAAUUGUCAUGGAAGCCAUUCAACAAGCAUCAGUUGCGAAGAAGGAAAUAUUGCAGAUCAUGAACAAAACUAUUUCCAAACCUCGAGCAGCUAGAAAAGAAAAUGGGCCAGUUGUAGAAACUGUUCAGGUUCCCUUAUCAAAACGAUCAAAGUUUGUUGGACCAGGUGGCUAUCAUUUAAAAAAACUUCAGGCAGAAACAGGAGUAACUAUUAGUCAGGUGGAAGAAGAAACGUUUUCUGUAUUUGCACCAACACCUAGUGCCAUGCAUGAAGCAAGAGACUACAUCAGCGAACUCUGCAAGGAUGACCAGGAGCAGCAGUUAGAAUUUGGAGCAGUGUAUACGGCCACAAUAACUGAAAUCAGAGAUUCUGGAGUGAUGGUAAAACUGUAUCCAAAUAUGACUGCUGUUUUACUUCAUAAUACACAACUUGAUCAGCGAAAGAUUCGACACCCCACUGCUCUCGGACUAGAAGUUGGCCAAGAGAUUCAGGUGAAAUACUUCGGCCGUGACCCGGCUGACGGAAGAAUGAGGCUUUCUCGUAAAGUGCUCCAGUCUCCAGCUACGUCUGUCGUCAGGACUCUGAGCGACAGAAGCAGUGUUGUCAUGGAAGAGCCCGUCUCCCAGUCGUCCUCCAACUCCUCUCCGUGAGCCCUGCGGAGAGGCCUGGGGUGGAAUCCCAGACAGCGAACGUUCAGGAGUAUCUGCUAAUGUGGAUGGAUAUAAUACUGAUACAUACUAUAUAUAGUAUCCUGUAUAUACUAUAUAUAGUAUAAAUGUACUCCAAUCCCUUUGUACUAAAAAACUCAUUUAUGUGUGCCAUUUUGCUUACUUCAAGCUCAAGUAUCUUCAGAUAUAUGGUAAAUCAAUAAAUAUUUAUUAUUAAAAGUCAA